AUUGCUGCGAAAGGAGUGUCCACGUUGCAUUAAUUAACGUAAGUAAAUACAGCACUUUAAAAUAUUCUCAAGCAUGAGAGAGAUAGUUCACAUACAGCUUGGUCAGUGUGGAAAUCAAAUUGGUGCGAAGUUUUGGGAAGACAUUUGCAUAGAACACGGUAUAGACAAGACUGGAAUUUACAAUGGCGAUUCCGAUCUUCAAUUGGAAAGAAUCAAUGUCUAUUUCAACCAGAUGGAAGGUGGAAACUAUGUACCACGAGGGGUAUUAUUGGAUCUAGAGCCUGGAGCAUUAGACGUAGUAAGAGCUGGACCUUAUGGAAAAAUUUUCAAACCAGACAAUUUCUUGUUCGGCCAAAACGGGACGGGAAAUAACUGGGCAAAAGGCCAUUACACAGAAGGAGCAGAACUGAUUGACAAUGUAAUGGACGUGAUUCGUAAGGAGGCAGAAGCCUGCGACUGUCUUGAAGGUUUUCAAAUCGUUCAUUCACUGGGCGGGGGGACUGGUGCGGGUAUGGGAACAUUAGUCCUGGGAAAGACUCGAGAAGAGUUUCCGGACAGAAUUCUGUCCAGUUAUAGCAUCAUACCAUCUCCACGUGUCUCGGACGUUGUAGUGGAGCCGUACAACGCCACGCUUUCGAUACAUAAUCUACUGGAAAACUCCGACAUGACGUUUUGUGUAGACAACGAAGCCUUGUACGAUAUUCUGUUUCGAACUUUAAAGUUGACGACGCCGACACACGCGGACAUGAACCAUCUUGUCGCCUUGACAAUGAGUGGCGUCACCACCAGCUUACGGUUUCCGGGCCAGCUAAACGCCAGUUUAAGGAAGCUUGCCGUAAACUUAGUUCCGUUUCCUCGACUUCAUUUCUUCAUACCCGGAUUUGCCCCACUCACAAGCCACGAAUCACAAAAAUUUCAAGCCCUCACCGUCGCAGAGUUAACACAGCAAAUGUUUGACGCGAGGAACGUGCUCGCCGCGUGUGAUCCACGCAAUGGUAAAUACCUGACAGCAUCGACAAUAUACCGCGGAUGCGUCUCCAUGAAAGAAGUCGACGAUCAAAUUUUAAUGGUACAAAACAAGAACAGCUCGUUGUUUGUUGAAUGGAUACCAAAUAACGUAAAGGUAUCCGCCUGCAAUAUUCCCCACAAAGGUUUCAAGUUGUCUGGCACGUUUAUUGGAAACAAUACCGCGAUACAGGAGGUUUUCAAAAGAAUACGCGGGCAAUUUCUUUCAAUGUUUCGAAGAAAGGCCUUCAUUCAUUGGUACACAGGAGAAGGAAUGGAUGAAAUGGAGUUCACUGAGGCAGAAUCAAACGUGCAAGACCUCAUACAAGAAUAUCAACAACGCGAGGACACCACGGAAGGCGACGAUGAAGAUGAUCAAGAAGAAGUAGUCGAAGACCAGGACGCAUAAAUCGGCAUGAUGAUGAAAAUUUCAAUGAAGAUUAUUAAUAACACUGACCUUAUAUACACUGUUUACAACAGCAUUUAACAAAAAUAAGGCCACGAGUGUUCAAUCAUAAACGUAAAAUUACACUAGAGAAAAAUGGAAAAGUUGUAAGGUUUCUUAAACGACAAAUUUAAA